CUCUAACAUCUCAGCUGUCAUUACACGAAUCACUCACUUUGGUUUCGUGAACUGCACCGAGUAUUCGUGGUUACCGUGGCAAUUGCACAGGUUGUUUGGUGUGUAAACAUCUGACUGAAGCCAAAGAUGGUCAGGGCGGGUGGUAUUUUGAAGAUUGCGGCACUCGUAUUUGCGUUUCUGCUAGCUGUCUUUCUGGCUUUUCAACUGCUGGAGAUUAACAUGGACUUCAAUCUGAACAGUGUGAUCUCGAGAGCUAUGCCAGUGAAUGAAGCAUCAAUUAAGCCGUUGAAGUACAAGUGUGGGAUGUCCAAGUUGUGUCCCGCUGGACACUUGGCCUUCAAGAUGGCGAGUGGAGCAGCCAGUGUGGUGGGGCCCAGGAUCUGCCUGGACGACAAACUAUUAAUGAGCGGAGUGAAGAACAACGUGGGGAGAGGAAUCAACAUCGCCCUGAUAAAUGGGAGAACAGGGGACCUUAUCAACACAGCGUUUUUUGAUAUGUGGGGUGGAGAUGUGGCUCCGCUUAUUAAGCUAGUGAAGGGAAUUGAGGAUGGGACGAUCGUGAUGAUGGCCUCCUUCGAUGAUGCUGCAACAAAACUCAACGAUGAGGCCAGGAAGCUCAUUGCUGAUCUGGGAAGCUCCAUCGUCAGUAACUUGGGAUUCCGUGAUAACUGGAUCUUUGUAGGAGGGAAAGGCAUCAAGACCAAGAGUCCAUUUGAGCAGCAUAUAAAGAACAGUGCAGACACCAACAAGUUUGAGGGAUGGCCCGAGGUGCUGGAGAUGGAAGGCUGCGUGCCUCAGAGGCAGGACUAAGGACCACCACCCCCCCCAUCCCCUACACCUCCCAUACAUUCCUGUUCCAUUGAGACUCUUUAAGUGGUUACACUUGUUUGAGCGGAUAAAGGUCAUUCUUACAGCUCUCACCCCAAAGCUUCAACCGUACCUACCACAACAAAGUCACUCGCUGCUGUGAACCCAUUCCUCCGUAUUGAAACCAUGAUGUAGUCUGGAUUCAGUGGUUUGGAACUAGAUGGUAGAGAGCACUGAUUUAAAGGGAAUUACCUUUGAUUAUUGGCUUACUAUCGGUGAGGCCCAAAGACUUGAUAGUGUUGCAUUAUUGCACUGUUGCCGAGGGAAAUGAAGCCACAUUUCCUUAACCUGUCGCCAUGCCUUAAUCUCAUUUUCUUAUUCCUGGUUUUUAAACAAACAUGACUUUGUGAUUUAUGCUGUUCCUUUAAGAGUUUGCGGUAAGAAAAUUAUUAUUAACAGGGUUUGAAGACGUCAUGAUAUUAAA